CCAAAAUAUCGUACUGCACGAUAAAACGAUAAAAUCGGUCAAAAGGCGCCAAUUGUGGUGUGUUGCAGUGGGUGAGUUGUACCCCAUCCUGCUCCUGAAGGUGGGUUUUCCCUAACCGAAAGUGGCUGUGCGGCCCUGGGUUGCCUGGCGAUCUUUCCACGGAGGCACGUGAUUGGGCAUUCGCCGCCACACCAUCCCCAAUGCCAGAAUGUGGGAUCCACAGCCAAAUUAAGUCAGCAGACAAAUGGAAGUUAUUUAGUCUGCGGAGGUCACAAUACAUCACCGGCUACCCCACGUUUGCCCAUUCUAUCCAUCCAUUCGUCGUUGUACCUGAUCAAGAAACAUCAACAACAAAGACUCUCUUGACUUAUGGCAAGCAUGCCGCGGCCAAUCCAAGAUGGGUUAGAAUGGAAACAGACACUGUUUGACCUCGUGCCACAAUGGACGCGAGAAGUUUUUAUCCCCGCAAUUGAAAGCGUCUGUCGCCAGCAAUUGAACAUCCCCCCCGAGGAUCCCUGCACCGUCGCCUUUCACGCAUCCGGCCUGUUCAAUAAACUCUACAUUGUCAAAUGUACCAGAUGCCCUCUCAUAAUGCGCGUCUCGCUGCCGGUCUACCCACGCCACAAGACGCGCGCCGAGGUAGCCACCUUGCGGUGGGUGCGCGAGAACACCAAGGUCCCGGUCCCUAAGGUGGUCAGUUUUGACGACAGCAACGACAAUGAGAUUGGGUACGAGUGGAUCUUGAUGGAGCUUAUGGAGGGUGCAUCGGCACAUAGACGGUGGCGGACCAUGUCGAUGGAGCAGAAGAUCGCGCUCACGAAGCGGAUUGCGACAUUCCAGGUGGAGUUGUCGGGACUUGGGAAGCCAGAAUCCAUAUUCAGGAGCAUAGGGACGUUGGAUCUGCGGGAGGUCGGUCAAGAGAACGACGUUGAAGAUUCGGAAAAGGUUGUUCCUGGCCUGCUGGUGUCCCACGAGUUCUUUAUGGGCGAUCACCUCCAUUACGACAUUCCGCGGGGUCCAUUCCGCUCUAGCCAUGACUGGCUGAGCGCGGAGUUGAACAUCAUCCUACUACAUCAGACAGCAGUUCUCGAGAAGACGGAGGAUGAAGACGACAAAGAAGACGCCGAGGAGGUCUUGUUCGUAGCACGAAAACUACUCUCUCUCGUUCCUAAGGUCUUCCCUUCAACCUUGGACGAGUCAGAGACAACAGGACUCUACCACCAUGACCUCCAUCUAAACAACAUUCUGGUGAACGAAGAAGGCGAAAUUACGGCCGUUCUGGACUGGGAAUGUGUCUCGGCACUACCUCUCUGGAUGUUGACCAAGGUUCCUAAGUUCCUUGACGAGCCAGUUCGGGAGGAGGAGCCGCAGCGGGAUACGUAUGCGGAUAAGACACCCGAGGAGUCUGCCGCCGCAGCCGGGAAGCACAACGACCCGGGCUACUUGGACAGUGAUGGCAAGAAUGAGCUGUACUUCAUUCACAGGAUGGAGUACGAGGCAACGCAGCUGCGGAAAGUCUACAAGGCGAAGUUGAGGGAACUGUGGCCGGAAUGGCCCCUCGAGGAAAGCUAUGUGAAGAUUGACUUCUUCCAGGCAAUAUCCCAAUGUGAUGGGAUAUGGGUGAAAAAGACGCGCAGAUGGGCCGAUUAUAUGGAGAAGGGCGAAACUGUACGAUUAGAAGACGCCUAGGGAGAUGGACUCGCAAGAGGCGACAGGUUUAUUGGGCAAAUCACUGGUUCGGAAAGAGUUCAUUCGCGAUAAGGCAGUUGUAACAGACCCUACACCACAAUGGCAGGGGAUGAUGAAGGAGCCGGUCAGAGGCUCUUCUCCUCCUCCUCCUUCCUCGCAAUAUUCGCGCGUUAUCAUCGAAACGGGAGCCGGUGCGUGAGCCUCCAGUUGACGCUUACUGCGCCGCGGAUUUCGAGGUCAAAUGGGAUCGCU